CACCUUAAAUAUUCCAAAGUAAACCAAUAUGUCGCUCAGAAACUUUGUAUGCCGCAGGCACAUGUUGACAUCAAACCGCACCAUUACACAACUGAAUACUCCUAACACUAAUCCAUCUUCUUCUUCUUCUUCUUCUUUACCCCUUUUAGGCAUUCAGUUUUCCUUAAGUAAACGACAUUAUAUUUUGUUAACAGAAGAAGUUGAAGAACCACUGCUCUUGCUCUUACGUAGUUGGGAAGAGAAAACCACACCAACCACUAUUUAUCUCACCCAUUCUGUUUACAUGUCCGACGACAGAUUCUACCAAGAAAUUUCAAAACUUAUUAUCAGAAAUUGGAAUACUGUGGCGUUUCAAGAUCGACGCAACUCUAUAAUAGAAAAUACAAUGAGGGAAGUGCGUCAUAUCAUUAAACUUGAUUCAAACAAGGGACGUCAAAAGUUGGAUGUAUGUGUGGAUUUAAAAUUGGUGAAUGUUUGUAUGGGAAGGAUGUUGGUUCCAGAAGAAGAAAUAGCGUUAUCAAAUCGUAUGGUGCCAGCUAGUAAGUCAUCAAUGAAAUUACUAAAGAAGAUGGAGAUUGAUGAAGAAAGAUAUAGUAGCAAAGAUGAAUGUUGUACAGUGUGUUUAGAUGAACUAAUUGUGAAGGAAUCUGAUAAUGCUGACAUACUUUGCAUGCCUUGUUCUCAUAUGUUUCAUGGAGAAUGUAUUACCAAGUGGUUAGAGACAAGCCAUUAUUGCCCUAUUUGCCGCUUUCAGAUGCCCACGGAACAAGAUUAG